CAGAAUUUAGAAACCCUAGUACUCCAUUUCCUUCGUCUCCAUCUCUCUCUCUCCUCGCCGCAGUUAGCUUUUCUCUCUCUCUCUCUCACCCGCACCAACUUCAUCGCCGCCCGUCGCUCCAUCUCGCGCCGUCAUUCUCACUCAGCCUCCAGAUUUGUGGACACAAUUCUGUGCAAUAUGAGGGGAAGGAGUUACACUCCAUCGCCACCUAGGGGUUACAGUCGAAGAGGACGGAGUCCAAGCCCUAGAGGUCGCUAUGGGGGUCGUAGCAGAGAUCUUCCUACUAGUCUUCUAGUUCGUAAUCUUCGCCAUGACUGUAGGCAAGAUGACCUUCGCAGGCCAUUUGGACAGUUUGGUCCUCUUAAGGAUAUCUAUUUGCCGAAAGAUUAUCAUACUGGGGAACCACGUGGAUUUGGUUUUGUCCAAUUCGUAGAUCCUCAAGAUGCUGCAGAGGCUAAAUAUCAUAUGGAUGGCCAGAUUCUUCUUGGUCGAGAGGUAACUGUUGUGUUUGCUGAGGAGAAUAGGAAGAAGCCAUCUGAUAUGAGGGCACGCGAGCGAGGGAGUCGUGGAAACUAUCGUGAUCGAAGACGCUCUCCUCCUCGCUAUUCUCGAUCUCCACCUCCACGUCUAGCAGGAUCUCGGUCUCACAGCCGAGACUAUUAUUCUCCUCCUAAACGGAGGAAUUACUCAAGAUCUGCGUCUCCACAGGAGAGAAGGUAUAGCCGAGAGAGGUCGUUCUCUCGUUCUCCACCCUAUAAUGGAUCAAGAAGCCGCAGUCGGAGCCCAGCUAGGGGGCCAAGUGGAGCUAGGGGUCCAAGCCAUAGUCGAAGCAGAAGCCAGAGCCCAAAGAGAAGUCUUAGCCGAAGUCCAAAUCGCUACCCAGAUGAACCAAAUGGUGCUAGGUCUCCAUCUCCAUGAGCAAAGGGUAAGGAACUUUGCCUGUCUGUGUGUUAGAGAGGACAAUGGCCCUGUUAUGCUGUUGAUGUCUGAUUUCAUGUAGAUUACAUACCGAGUUAUUAUUGUUUGUCACAGCGCCACUUAUUGGGAUUUAGUCGAACGUGUUCGUGAUUUCUGUUCAGAUUUUACUUUAUAGUUGGGAGGAUUAUUACAUCUGAUGUUAGAAAAUCUUGAUUACUAGUACUAGCAUUUGAUCUCCAUGCCAGAGAACUUUGAUA